AUGGAGACAAACCUGAGAAAACGGAGAGAGGAUGAGAAGUCGAUCCAGAGUAAUGAACCCAAGACCACAACUCUCCAGAAAGAGUUGGGCCUGCUCAGCAGCAUCUCCAUCAUCGUGGGCACAAUCAUCGGCUCUGGGAUCUUCAUCUCCCCCAAGUCUGUGCUCAGCAACGCGGAAGCUGUGGGGCCCUGUCUCAUCAUAUGGGCAGCCUGUGGGAUUCUUGCAACACUGGGUGCUCUAUGCUUUGCAGAGCUUGGCACGAUGAUCCCCAAGUCGGGGGGCGAGUACCCUUACCUGAUGGAGGCCUUUGGCCCUAUUCCCGCCUACCUCUUUUCCUGGACCAGCCUGAUAGUCAUGAAGCCUGCAUCCUUUGCCAUCAUCUGCCUCAGCUUUUCCACGUAUGUUUCUGCACCCUUCUACUCAGGCUGCCAACCUCCUGACAUUGUCAUUAAAUGCCUGGCUGCCACUGCCAUCCUGUUCAUCACAACCGUGAAUGCACUGAGCGUGCGGCUAGGCAGCUACCUCCAGAAUGUCUUCACGGCGGCCAAGCUGGUGAUCGUGGCCAUCAUCAUCAUCAGUGGACUCAUCCUCCUGGCUCAAGGAAAUACAAGGAAUUUUGAAAAUUCUUUUGAGAGCACAAAAGUAUCUGUGGGAACUAUCAGUCUGGCAUUUUACAAUGGACUCUGGGCGUACGAUGGAUGGAAUCAACUCAAUUACAUCACAGAAGAACUCAGAAACCCUUACAGAAACCUGCCCCUGGCCAUUGUCAUUGGGAUCUCUCUGGUGACAGUGUGCUACAUCCUCAUGAAUGUUUCCUACUUCACGGUGAUGACCACAACCGAGCUCCUGCAGUCCCAGGCAGUGGCUGUGACAUUUGGGGACCGCGUUCUCUAUCCAGCCACUUGGGUCGUUCCACUUUUUGUGGCGUUUUCUACCAUCGGUGCUGCUAAUGGGACCUGCUUUACGGCGGGCAGACUCGUUUAUGUUGCAGGCCGGGAAGGCCACAUGCUUAAAGUGCUCUCUUACAUUAGCGUCAAGCGCCUAACUCCAGCCCCUGCCAUCAUCUUUUAUGGUAUCAUAGCAACCAUUUAUAUCAUCCCUGGUGACAUAAACUCAUUAAUCAAUUAUUUCAAUUUUGCUACAUGGCUAUUUUAUGGCUUGACAAUCCUAGGACUCAUUGUGAUGAGGUUUACGAGAAAAGAACUGGAAAGGCCUAUCAAGGUGCCCAUUUUCAUUCCCAUCUUGGUGACUCUCUUAUCCGUGUUUUUGGUUCUGGCCCCAAUCAUCAGUAAACCUGAACUGGAGUAUCUCUACUGUGUGUUAUUUAUGUUGAGCGGCCUUAUAUUUUACUAUCUUUUUGUCUACCACAAGUUCGGAUGGGCUCAGAAAAUCUCAAAGCCUAUUACUAUGCACCUUCAGAUGCUAAUGGAAGUGGCCCCACCAGAGGAAGACCCUGAAGCCAAGUCAAAACUGUGA